GGAACUUGAAGCACAUUUUGCAGGAGCCGGGUUUGGGGCGGGCGUCGAGCGUGGGUGUUGGAAACGAGCGCUGCCCGGUCAAGACCCGCCGAGCGCCGUGGCCCGGGGAUGGCCCUGCGGCCGCCGGGGGAGACCGGACCCCAGGACAAGGGAUACUACCCGCCCGACUGGCUCCAGGGCAGCCCCCAACACCUGGCUGCCUACUACACGCCUUUCCCGGCUUACGGCCUCUACGGGAACACGCUGACCGCCGCGGAGGAGGGCUUCCAGCCUUUCCGGCCGCUGGAGGCCCUGGCCGCGUCCCCGGCUCUGACCCCCUUCGGCUUCCGGACCGCGCCUCCCUUGCUGAGCCCGGGCCUGGCCCUGCCGAGGGAACCUCUGUGCGACCUGCCCUGGUACAGCAAGCUGCCGACCUGGUACCCAGUUCCCCACCUCCCCAGGGAGGGGCCGCACUUCCAGAACGGCAGUCGCGAGUUUACCGGCGCCGCCAGCGAGGGCUUGGUACACACCGCCGGCCGGAGCGACGGUGGCCAGUGUUGGGGACCUGAGACUUUCGUUCCGCCGCCCCCCGUGGAUACUUCGUUGUUACCUGAGAGGCCGAAGCCCUCGCAGCUGUUAUCGGGGUCCCCCAGCGAGCCCUCUGAGGAUGGCCCCAAACUCGUGAACCGAGAGGAGAAUGCUUCUCGCCGCUACCACUUCACCCAGGAAGAUCUGCACUUGGUUCUGUACGGGGUCAUCCCCAGCCCGCAGCACUCAGCCCACCUGCACCACGCGAUCUCGGGCCUCCUGAUCCCCACCGACAGCUCCGGGGCUGAUUCUCUUCCUCAGACUCUGGAUAAGGACUCCCUUCAGCUACCAGAAGGUCUCUGCCUCCGGCAGACGAAGUUUGGUGAAGUCGCACAUUUUGGGGUGUUCUGCAGUAGUCUUGUGGCCAAAGGAGUCAGGUUUGGGCCCUUCCAGGGUAAAGUGGUCAACACCAGCGAAGUCAAGACACACGGAGACAAUUCCCUGAUGUGGGAGAUCUUCGAAGAUGGUCAGUUAAGCCACUUUAUUGAUGGGAAAGGAGGUGCAGGGAACUGGAUGUCCUAUGUCAACUGUGCCCGUUUCCCAUCGGAGCAGAACCUGGUGGCAGUACAAUGUCAAGGGCAGAUCUUCUACGAGAGCUGCAAGGAGAUCUACCAGAACCAGGAGCUCCUCGUGUGGUAUGGAGAUUGCUAUGAGAAGUUUCUGGACAUUCCUGUGAGCCUGCAGGUCCUCAAGCAGGGGAAGCAGGUGUCUGGGUCCUCCGAAGAGUCUGCAGAAGGGUACAGGUGUGAAAGAUGUGGCAAAGUAUUUACCUACAAAUACUACAGAGACAAGCAUCUAAAGUACACGCCCUGUGUGGACAAGGGUGACAGGAAAUUUCCCUGUUCUUUAUGCAAACGAUCCUUUGAGAAGAGAGACCGGCUCCGGAUCCACAUCCUUCACGUUCAUGAGAAGCAUCGGCCUCACAAGUGUUCUACAUGCGGGAAGUGUUUCUCUCAAUCUUCCAGUCUAAACAAACAUAUGAGAGUCCACUCUGGAGACAGACCCUACCACUGUGUGUAUUGCACUAAGAAAUUCACUGCCUCUAGUAUACUCCGCACGCAUAUCAGGCAGCACUCCGGGGAGAAACCCUUCAAAUGCAAGUAUUGUGGUAAAUCUUUUGCAUCGCACGCUGCUCACGACAGCCAUGUCCGGCGCUCGCACAGGGAGGAUGACGGCUCUCCCUGUAACACCUGUGGAAAAACCUUCUCAGAUCAAGAAGCCUUCCAGUCCCACAUGAAGUCUCAUGAAGACUGCUAACCCUCAGAAUGUCUGAGGACAAGGCCUCUAGAUGUGUCUUGAUGUUUCUCGUGUUCAUGGGUAUAUCUCACAAACCAGUGGCAGUUAUAUUGAGAUGAGAAACAGAAUAAUGGAACUGACCAAGCAGUAGAAUUUACCAGAUUUAUUAAGUCUGUAGUUUUAACAGCUUUGGCAGGAAUGAUUUUUCACGGUUUCUAACAAGAAUGGAGUUUGGGUGAAUUCACCUAGAAGGAGUGAAAGGCUGAUGUUUAACAGUGCUUAAAGGUCUGGAAACACAGCAUCAGCCCUGAAAGGGACUAUUUCAUUUCAGGGACUAGGAAGCAGAGUCUUUGGUUUCUUGAUUGAAAAAAAAAAAAAAAGGAUUUUUCUCUACUAUUUGUCUCAGCUCC